AUGCCGGGAAGAUUUGUCGCGCCUCAAAUGGUGCGGGACAAAUCGUCACCUACGAUACAACUUACGAUUAGCGAUACAAAUUGGCAGAGUCCCCUUCAAUCCACCACAGCUCACAACAGCAAUAACACCUCAAGGAGCUCUGGUUCCAAUGUAGGCUCCGGAAGCUCCGACUCUAGCUCGAAGAGUAGAAGUGUUCGCUCCCAUGGACUACUCACUCCGCAUGCAAGUUUUUACGACAUUCUUGCUGUGCAAAGGAAUAAUAGCACUGGGAACAGCAAGCAAUCAGUAACGAGCACCGACGGAACUAGUUCUGAAGAAGUUAAGUUCGCGACACCUGAAGGAUGCGUAUCUCCCUCAGAAGAGCUGUACAUACCAAACACACUUCUGUCUCGCAUACCAAGGACGAGCUUUUCAUCUUCAGGACUUGUCUCUUAUGCCUCUGUUGGCGUGCAGACUUCUCUACCAUACAGCACUCCGUCGCAUAUCUCCACCGCACCCCCUUCCCCAGUAUCCCCAACCCCUUCUACUUCGUUAACACCGAAGGCAAAAUCUAAGGGAAAGCACAAAAGUGUUCCGGAUUACAUCCGUGAAGGAGAGAGCCAAGCACGAGAGAUUGACAAUGAUCUACGCUUUCUUGCACGAGAAAAACGUCACCUUAAACGGAGUCUUUCUCAGAUAAAGCGUACCAAGCGUGAUCUGAAAAGCCUCCUUGUUUCAUGGCCCAGAGCAAAUGAGGAGAGUGCAGGAACUGAGAAUGAAAGUGAUAUGACGGACAAGGAACCGGAAACGUCGCGACGAGUGCUCUUCCGCGGUCAUGCACCCUUGACUCCCGCAAGUUCUGAGUACGAGAAAGAGGCAGAGCCAAGUGUAAAAUCUUCGGAGACGCCAUCUGUCACCUCACCAACGGUCUCUUCGUCCUCAAGGAAUACCUUUGCCUCUAGUUCUGCGGAUGCAAGCACGCCCUCUCACUCUUCAUUCCAAACGGCAGUAACUGGAACUGAAACUACCAAAAGCGCUUCGAGUAGCUCUCACCGCCCAGAAUUCAUUUAUGGAGAGGGUGGUUCAUCGACAACGAGCACUACGAGUACUAUUUCCGGCUAUGAAGGUACUCGGCAGACUUUGGAUAUGAGGUAUGAGCUCGCACCAAACCCCGUGUGCGACCCAUCAACCUAUCUCGUUUGGUUUGAUUUAGAGACGACAGACGCCGUUCGUCCAGCGUCAAAGAUCCGGAUCCUUGAGAUCGCAGUACUUAUCACGGAUAAGAACUACCAACAGCUUGAUAAUGGCAAGUCAUUCCUCGUGCAUUGGCCGCUUUCUGCCCAGGAGAUCGUUCAGGAAAUGCCACAAAAAGUUAGAGAAAUGCAUGAAAAGUCCGGGCUUCUGGCCGCUUACGACAAGACGCCACCAAAGGAACGUCUCACUCUUUAUCAAGUCGAGCGUCGUAUCAUCAAAUAUCUUGAGCGACAUGGGAUCGAAGCGGAUGGACGCGCCGUAAUGGCAGGUGCCGGAGUUGCAUUUGACCGUGGCAUGGUCAGGAAACACAUGGAGAAGCUCAAUGCGUACUUUAGCCAUCAGAUCUUUGAUACAACAACACUCUGGGUAGGCUUCGGGAUUCUGUCCGCUAAAUAG